AUGGACAUUACGGACGCAUUUGACGCUAUUUGCAACUACGAGGAGACGCUUGUGGCACAGGGAGCGGCAAUGGGAAUCGAGCAUGGUCGUAAGUUGGGUAUCGAGGAAGGUCGAGAACUCGGAAUCGUGAAAGGAGCUGAGAUUGGCAGUGAACUAGGUUUCUAUCAAGGCUGUUACUUGGUGUGGAACCACAUGCUGCAGCACGAGGAGCUUAAGAGCAAAUUGUCAAGUCGAGCUGCCAAGUCGAUAGGUUCUUUCGGUUUAUUGCUCGAGGCUUUCAAGCUAAAGAAUGUAGUAGACGAAGACAUGGUGCAACAAUUGCUUCGAAUCCGAGCCAAAUUUAAGCUCAUUACAGUGACCAUGGGUCUGCGAGAAAGAUUGGUUUACAACGACGAGAACAUCAAAGCGCAUAAGGAUAUGUCAUUUUGA